GCCCUGACUGACGCUGGUCACUCAAAUACCAUACGUACACCGUUACACACACCCACUCUCAGCGCUGUCGUCGUCGAGCACGUCGCUCGUCAAGUCCGUGCUCGGUAGCUACCCUUACUCGACGUCGAGAUAUUCCUGGAGGCAGCUUAGAUUGGUCCCGGCUCAGCUACUACUGUUGCCCAUCAAGCGGGUUACCGUCUCUGCAACGCGUACAAUCGAUGCAGUCUAUACCCUCGUCAUCGCUUCAAUCUCUCGACCUUUCGCCCGAGCCUGACCUUCACCCACUGUACCCGUCGACUGCCUAUAUCGCUGUUCUCCUUUCAUCACAUUCUGGCCUUACCCCAGAUCAGAAAGCAGAGCUUGUCGCCCACUGUCUUGCUCGGUCUUGCGUUUUCGGAGAGCUCUCAGUCCUUCAGUACCUGUUGUCGGACCCACAUGCCCAGAGCUACGUCGAUUUGGGCAUACGCGAUGAAGAUGGCCAGGGUCUAAUCAGUCUAGCUAUACACGGCUUUGGUGCCGAGUCAGAACGAGAUGUGGAAAGAGAGGAAUGCGUCCGUCUGCUCAUUGCACAAGGCACUGACAUGAGUCCUGACAAAAGUGGCUGGACACCACUGCAUCAUGCGGUUCUUCUGUCGCCUCCGACACUCGUAUCCCACUUAAUGACCCACGGCUGUUCACCUUUUGACGUUACGCGUCGCAACCUUACUCCUCUGGACAUCGUCACAGCCCAUUCCGUUAUACCUGGAAGAGACGAUGUUGCGCUGCUUCUGGAAGAAGCUAUGCGCGGUGAAGGCUGGACAGGAGGGAGAAUGGAGGAAAAUAGACACUUGUUUGAUGAGCGGGCCAAGCGUAAAGGCAAGCAGAAGCACGUCCAGGAACACGUCGGAAGAGUUCUCGGUGUUCAUUCAAAAUGGUGGGCACGCGACUCGGAUGGUUCUUCAUCAGACUCUGACGACGACGGUGAUGAAGACCUUGAGGACGAAACCUUAUUCACGCCCCCCGUAGAUUAUUCUUCCAUGCUCGUAUUCUCUCCUUUAGCCCUGCCGCUAAUUUUCGACUCCCUUAUCACCAACUUCCAGCCAUCUUUCAGAGAUUCGACGCCUGCAAACACGCUGUACAUGCUGGCACGUUUUGCGUGUUUGACUUGCGAUCAUACUUGGCUUGAAGAUUUAAUUAUCGGUGCUACGGACUGCAUAGAAGAGACCUUCUUCAACAAGCCCGAAGACGUCACCUGUCUUGUCUUUUGGUUAUACAACACGACCCUUUGGCUACAUCUUAUGCAGUGUGAUAAUUCCAUUAACGAAGCCUGCGAGAUGUUGGGGUCUUUCGAAAUCAUCGAAGAAGUCAUCAACUCGGUGUUCGUAUUCAUCAUUCGAUUUGCUGAGCGGCGUGUAGACCAUUUCGAGUCGGAGUGGUCAGUUUUACGUGCGCUUGGGAUGAAAAAAUCUCAACCUGUUAUGAAUUCAUCUGCGUCACGGAGUUCGCCCGCUUCCCCACCAAGCCCCAGUCCCCAUCGUCCUUCUUCUCCGACCCCGUACGGAACGAUGUCGUCUUCAACAUCUAAAGCUCGAAAUCCAGGAUCGACCACUCCUUUGCAAUCAUUAUUUCCGGAUGCUCCUCCACCUCCCUCUCCUGCUGACCUUACUUCCUUUUUAACAGCUCUGCAUACUCUGUUGAUCCUCUCCGAUAUUAAUCCAGCAUUAACAACACAAUUGUGGUCGCAGGUGAUGUAUUGGACGUCGUGUGAAAUGUUCAACCGUAUACUUACGCGGAAGAAAUACCUUUGCAGAUCCAAAGCCGUUCAAAUCGGUAUGAAUCUAAGCAGUGUCGAAGAAUGGGUGGGGCAGAUGGGCCUUCCUCGAGGAGUUCAAACCCAUUUCACUCCUGUGAGAGAGCUUCUCAACUGGCUUCAGUGUCUGUCAUCGAUUACCGAAUUCCCUAACCUUGUCGCGACGAUUCAAACCAUGAAGUGUCUCAAUCCUCUCCAGAUGAAAAGGGCUGUCCGCGACUACAAAUACGAGGUUAACGAGGGUCGGAUGACUGAUGAGUGUGUUCAAUACCUUACACAGCUGCAGAAGGAUUGGGAGAGACACCGAGUGAAAUUGGGUGUCGAGGCCCUGCGCAAAGAGAUGGGUGAGCGAGAAAGGGAACGGGAUGAAAGUCUUUCAUCGUCGCUCAAUGAUUUGGAUCAGUCUGUCCACUCGGUCUCCUUUUCAUCCGACUCCUCGGAAUUACCACCAAACCAGAACAUAGACGUCUUGUUUGACAAGGACGAUAGAAUUGCGUCAUGGGAGCCACCUAAACCUCCACAAGUGCUAGGAGAGCUGCUGGACUCACGGCACAUGCUCCCUCUACUAUUCCCCUCUAAUCCCCGUAUGUUGGCCGCGGUAUCGAGACCUCUAUCCUUUCCAGAUGAUGGCAAAAUGAAACGCCCGAACUCAGUUCUCACUUCCGAUUCCAGGAGCGACAGCAGCGCUACUAUGGAAAGCCGUUGUACAUGGCGGGCUAGACAUCGAAAGGUCAGACAAGUGGGGAUUGGGACAUUGAAGUGGGUGGAUGGGGUGAGGUCGGCUUCACGUUGGGGUCGGUUAAUACCUGACGACGAAGACAUCGAGUCGUCUGAAGAGAAGGGGGAGACAGAACUGAGAGUUAAGACGCAUGUAACACCGCUGACUCGCAAACCAACGAAGGGAAGAGCGAGCCAUGGAGGGGAUACUACUCCGAUAGAACGUUAAUUAGAAUUAACACUACCAUCCCGGCGAGAUUUAGUACGCUUUCGUGUACAGUAUAGUACCACAGACAUUUUAUGUCGUGUGCUUGGACUUUGAUUUCUUAUUGGAGAUUUACAUAAAGAGGCCGCCAAGCAACG